AUGUCCACCACUGGACGCCUCAGCUUCACGGUGCGCAGCCUCCUGGAUUUACCCGAGCAGGACGCACAGCACCUGCGGAGGCAGGAGCCGGAGCUGCGCACACCCCUGCGUCUCGCCCCCUGCGCUGUCUGGUUGGAGCCAGAGCGCAGCCACUACCCCUCUUCUGAUGAGAGCAUCCCAGAGAUCAGCCCGCCCGACUCGUCGCAGGGGACGUCCCCGAGACCCGCGACGCCGGGCUCAGACGCUGAUAAGAGGAAGAAGCGCCGGGUGUUGUUCUCCAAGGCACAGACGCUGGAGCUGGAGCGGCGCUUUCGGCAGCAGCGUUACCUGUCGGCGCCUGAACGCGAGCAGUUGGCGCGCCUUCUACGCCUCACGCCCACGCAAGUCAAGAUCUGGUUCCAGAACCACCGUUACAAGCUGAAGCGCUCACGUAUUCCAGCUACCGCGGGGUCGCCAGACCUUGCCGCUGUCGCUGAGCUGCGCGGCGCGCCAGGCUUGCUGCGCCGUGUGGUGGUGCCUGUGUUGGUGCGCGAUGGGCAGCCGUGCGCAAGCGGUGGAGAGGCGGGUGUGGCCGCUGCCAGGGACAAAUGCGGCGCCCCCGUGGCCUCCGCAGCCGCCUGCCCUCUUCCGAGUUACACUGCCUUUGGUCCCGGCUCGGCUUUAGGUCUCUUUCCCACCUACCAGCACUUAGCGCCCUCCGCCCUGGUCUCCUGGAACUGGUGA